AUGGCUUCUGGGUCCGAACCAGUGAAAAACAUAGUUCUGGUGGGGCGUGCAGGCAAUGGAAAAAGUGCCACCGGGAACUCAAUCAUUAGAAGACCAAUAUUCACAUCAGGUACCCAAGCAACAGGUGUUACAAUGACAUGUCAGACAUUUAGAACUGUGACACCAGGUGGCUCCAUAAUCAAUGUGAUUGACACUCCAGGUUUGUUUGAUUUGAUAACGAAACCGGACGUUAUCAGUAAGGAAAUCGUGAGAUGCCUUGCUCUGGCAGAAGAAGGACUACAUGCAGUGGUGCUGGUUCUAUCUGUGAGAACUCGGAUUACGAAAGAGGAAGAAGACUCUCUUUGCACGCUGCAGAUCCUCUUUGGGGCUAAAAUCCUUGACUAUUUGGUCGUUGUAUUCACCGGUGGGGAUGAGUUGGAUAGUGAUAACCAGACGUUGGAAUCGUAUUUGUCCGAGUGCCCUGAUUUUCUCAAGAAUAUCUUCAGCCUAUGUGGCCACAGAAAGGUUUUGUUUUAUAACAGGACUAAGGAUGAAGACCAGAAGAAUAGACAAAUCCAGCAGCUUCUCGACCAUGUUGCAGCUAUUGGAAGAAGAAAUGGUGGAAAACCAUUUACGGAACAGAUGCACCGUCAGAUAAAGGAAGAGACUAUGAGACACAGAAAAGAGGAAGAAGAAGCAGAAGCUAGGUAUCUAGCAACAGAGAUAGAACAAGUGAAAAGGGGGUUAAAGGAGGAGCAUGAGCGUAAAAUGAGGGAAAUGGCAACGAUGAUGGAGGACGUAAUAAAAGAUGCUUGGGAGGCCCACCAGAGAAUGCUACGUUUAAUGGAUAACAUGGGGUCAAGAAAAAUGUGCAACAUUAUGUAA